AUGUCUCAAACACCGAACCAAACGCUGCAAAACAGCGGCGCCAACUUCACCCCCACAAUCCACACCGACACAUACCCCUACAUUGCCGCCCGCACCGCCAACCUCGCCGGCAAAGCCGUCUUCAUCACCGGCGCCUCGCGGGGCAUCGGGCGCGCGACCGCGCUGUCCUUCGCGCGCGCCGGCGCCUCCCACAUCGCCAUCGCAGCGCGCGGGUCCCUCGCACACCUCGAGGCCGAGCUGCAAGCGGCCGCGCAAAGCGCCGGCAAGCCCGUGCCGCAGACGCUGAGCGUCGCGGUCGACGUGACGGACGCAGCAUCCGUCGCCGCAGCCGUGGCAGCCAUUGAAGCCGCGUUCGGGCGCCUGGACGUCCUGGUCAACAAUGCAGGGUACCUGGAGACGUUCGCGCCGCUCGCGGACACGGACCCGGCCGACUGGUGGCGCGCGUGGGAGAUCAACGUCAAAGGCCCGUUUCUGGUGACGCGGGCGCUGCUGCCGCUGCUGCUGCGCAGCGAGAAUGGCGAUAAGACGGUUAUUUCCGUCUCCAGUAUUACGGCGCAUAUGCUGCAGUGCGGCGGCAGCGCGUACAUGACGAGCAAGCUGGCGCUGCUGCGCUUGCAUGAGUUUGUUUGCGCGGAGUACGGCGGCCAGGGCGUGCUUGCUUAUUGCAUUCAUCCCGGUGCGGUUGUUACCGAUUUGGCGAAUGGUAUGCCUGAGGAGUCGAAGCAUAUCCUCAUUGAUCAGCCGCAGCUGGCGGCGGAUACCUUGGUUUGGCUGUGUAAAGAGAGGAGGGAGUGGUUGGCGGGCAGGUAUGUGAGCUCUACGUGGGAUAUGGAGGAGUUGCUGGGGAAGAGGGAGGAGGUUGUUAAGGGUGAUUUGUUGAAGGUGAGGAUGGCGGUUGUGGAGGGGAAUUAG